AACACAUUAGCAUCAGUUAAUCAACAAGUUGCAUUAAAAAACAUUUAAUUUCCUCUUGUGCAAAACUAUGAAAAUGAUCGCGACUCUCUUCGUUGUCUUUGCUGUUGUUUCUUCAGCUCUCGGUGAAUGUCCAGUUCCUCCAACUAUUCCUGGUUUUGAUAUUGGCAAAAUUGUCGGACGAUGGUAUCAAACUGUAGAAUCUUGGCCAGAAAAUGCAACAACUUUUACAUUGGAUUUCACUCUUCGAGAGGAUGGAGACUUUAAUUUUACAGCCCGUAUAGCUGAUGAUUCACUGCCUGCUGAAUAUGCGUUAGCCAAACGUACUGAAUAUCAAAACGUACUCAAUGUCACCGAUCCGUACCACAAGUCUCGAUACCAAACUACCAUUAAUAUUGUCGAUACUGAUUACGAUAACUAUCUGGCUGCUUAUGAUUGUUUUAUUUUCCCUCAUCACUCCGCUAUCCAUGCGCGUUAUGUUUUAUCAAGGACUGAAACUAUGAAUGCUGACAAGUUAGCCCAACUGACCGAUUUGGUUAAUAAAAUUGGCGUUUCUCGCGACUGAGUUCCGCCAGUAAUCUAUUAAGACUAAAUAUUGACCAUUUUUCUAGUCAUGAUAUUCAAUCUCGAAUAAAAUUGAAUUCCACUGUAAUGGUUGAUAACUUUAAACAACAUUAUAUUAAUAAAUAAAUAUAUAUUCAUCAA